CUAAAAAUGUUUCUCUUUCUUUCUCUUUGCCGGGCCGUGUGGUUGUGGUAGCUCGAACAAAUCAGCCUAAUCUAUAAAAAAUGGCUUUCGGAGACGUUAAAACCGCCCAGGGUCUCAAUGACCUGAACAAAUAUUUAGCUGAGAGGAGUUACGUAUCCGGGUGGGUGCCUUCUCAAGCUGAUGUUCAGGUGUUCGAGCAGGUCGGCAAGGCGCCGGCCGGCAGCGUGCCGCACGCGCUGCGCUGGUACAACCACAUCGCGUCGUACACACCCGCCGAGCGCAAGGCCUGGGCGGCCGCCGCCAGCCCGCUGACCGCCGGCGGCAAGCCCACCGCCGCGCCCGCCAAGGUCGAGGAUGAUGAUGAUGACGUCGAUCUGUUCGGAUCUGGUGAUGAGGAGGAGGAUGCGGAAGCUGCCCGCAUCAGGGAAGAGCGUCUUAAGGCGUAUUCAGAGAAGAAAUCCAAGAAACCAGCCCUCAUCGCCAAGUCAUCUAUCCUCCUUGAUGUCAAACCCUGGGAUGACGAGACGGACAUGAAGGAAUUAGAGAAGCAAGUCCGCACUAUAGAGAUGGACGGUCUCCUGUGGGGUGCCUCCAAACUUGUCCCAGUUGGCUAUGGUAUCCACAAGCUACAGAUCAUGUGUGUCAUUGAAGAUGACAAAGUCUCCGUUGACCUUCUCACUGAGAAAAUCCAAGAAUUUGAAGAUUUCGUCCAGUCCGUUGACAUUGCUGCCUUCAACAAGAUCUAAAUGUCUAAGCCAGUAAAUUAUUUCUAAGUUAUGUUUUGAAUUAAAAUCACAUUUUUCUAACA